ACUUAGUAUAAAGCGCCACCGCUGUUUAACCAUUAUGAAUGUUCUGUCACUUCUAAAAACGUUAUUAAUUGAGCUUUUACUUAAUUGAAGUAAAGUAAUUAUUAGGAAAAUAUAUAUGAGAAUAUUCUCGGUGUUAUUUGCUUAAUUUGAAUUUGAAAGGUGAUUCUGUGUACUAAAAUGAGCACAGACAUUAAACAAGUGGAUAACACAGAAACAAAUGAGGAAACUAGUACAGGUAGUAAAGUGGACUGUUAUGCUCCUCACAUAAAUACAGCCAACAAUAUUGUUGAAACAAAAUGCUUAAGCAAUGAAGAUAAUGAGUCAUUAAAUGAAAAUAUGGAAUCGAGGAAAAACAUGAAUUUAAAUAAGGAUAUUCAAAGUCAAGCAAUAACAACUCAACGAAAACGAGAUGAUGAUCAAGUCGAAGAGUUUGACACUGAUGAAGAGGAUGAAGUUGAACAUGGAAUUAAUAACAAAUCAAAUAAGAAUAUUAAUACGACAGCACCAGAUUAUUCUAAACAUCUGUCAUAUGAGGGGGAUUUGUGUAUAUAUACAGAACCAGCAACAGGAAAUCAAUUGGUUUGGGAUACAGAGAAAAAUGCUUGGAUGCCACGAGCAUCCGAAGUAUCUACCAAGGAUUUGGAAAUCCCAAAUGACUCCACAAAGCAGUAUGAGUUUGAUGGGCAACAUUAUGUCUAUACAGACAAGAGUAGUAAUAUAACAUACAAGUUCGAUCAAGAUAAAAAUGAAUGGAUUCCAAAAGACAGUGACAAAGAUCAAAUUGCACAGGUGAGUGGACCAGCUGUAGCAGCACCUGGAGGAGUUUAUGGUUUUGAGAAUGACACCCAUACUUACACGGAUCCAAAUGAUGGAUCCAUUUAUAUAUGGGACCGUGAAAAAAGUGCCUGGUUUCCGAAGGUGGAUGAUGAGUUCAUGGCUAGAUAUCAAAUGAGUUAUGGUUUCACGGAUCCAAACAAAGAAGAAGAAAAUGUAGAAUCAAAGGAGAAAGAAGGAAAUUUAGAAAUACUCCAAAAAUUGGACAAAGAACAGAGAAAAGCUGAGGCCAAGAGAAAAGCUCAGGAACCCCCUUCUUGGUUCGAGAUUGACGAAGCACAUAACACUGCAAUCUAUGUAUCCGGUCUCCCUCUGGAUAUUACAAUGGAGGAACUUACCCAGCUUGUUACAAAGUGCGGCUUGGUAGCACGGGACGAGAAAGGCAAGGAUAAGAUAAAGCUCUACAGGGAUGCUGGCGGUGAACCGAAAGGCGAUGCGCUGUGCACUUACAUAAAGAUUGAAUCGGUAGACCUCGCUCUGAAGGUUCUGGACGGCUGGCAAAUCCGAGGGAAGACGUUGUCCGUGCAGCGCGCGAAAUUUCAAAUGAAGGGAACGUACGAUCCAGCACUGAAGCCAAAACGAAAGAAAAAGGACAAGGAACGUUUGAAAAAGAAUCAAGAGAAGCUAUUCGAUUGGAGACCAGAAAGGAUGCGCGGCGAGCCGCAAAAGUGCGAACGCGUCGUGAUAAUCAAGAAUCUUUUCGCACCCGAGGAUUUCGACAAGGAAGUUGCACUGCUCUUAGAAUAUCAGCAGGACAUCCGUUCGGAAUGUCUGAAAUGUGGUGAUGUACGAAAAGUCAUAAUUUAUGACAGACAUCCUGAGGGUGUUGCACAGGUAACGUUUGGUGAACCCUCGGAAGCUCAGGCAUGCAUUCAGUUAUUGAAUGGACGAUGGUUCGGACAGAGGAAAAUAUCGGCUGAGAUAUGGGACGGUAAAACCAAAUACAAAGUGGCCGAGACAGACGCCGAGAUCGAAGCGCGAUUGGCCAAAUGGGACAAGUUUUUGGAGGAUGAAGACGAAAGAAAGGAAGCUGCAAAGAACGCGGCGCAGUCGAAGUGAAGCCAGAAGUACACCCAAGAAACAUUGCACACCUUUCAACAUCGAAAAAAUGAAGUCCUUAAAUCAGGAAGAGCGUCUCUUGAUUUCGUAUUACGAGUAAUACUGGAAACUCGUACAACCCCGAUAAAUCCUCAGAGACAUUGGCUAUACUUUAUAACAAUAAAUAGCCCAUUCUCGAUGCUGCUACAUUAGUAACGUCGAUACUAAUUCUUGUAGUAACGUAGGGAAAUAAAGGAAGAUAAUUUUAA